AUAUCUUUAAUCUCACUAAAGAGUAACUAAAGUUAUUUGAUGUAACUUUCUCAAUAGAAAAUUAGCAACUAAAUCUUCUCUAACGUCAUUAUUUUCUUCUAGAUCUGAAUCAAAGCUUCUCAGGAUAGAACUAAGAAAUAUCAAGAUUUAAAACUAAAGGCCUUGGAAUACUCAGAAGAGCAACAUGGCAGAAAUUGAGAAAAGAAUUGAAACCCAUAGAAUAAGAUGUCUUUCCAAGUUGAAGAUGUUUCUUCUGGCAAUAACAUGUGCAUUUGUAUCCAAAACACUCUCUGGAUCUUAUAUGAAUUCCAUGCUCACACAAAUAGAGAGACAAUUCAACAUCCCUACAUCUCUAGUCGGAUUUAUUAACGGGAGCUUUGAGAUUGGAAAUCUUUUGUUGAUUAUAUUUGUGAGUUAUUUUGGAACCAAAUUACAUAGACCUAUACUGAUUGGUGUUGGAUGUGUGGUUAUGGGCCUAGGGUGUUUCUUACAAUCUCUACCUCAUUUCCUCAUGGACCGAUAUGAAUAUGAAUCUACAGUUUCAGUUUCAGGCAAUUUGUCCUCAAACAGUUUCUUGUGUAUGGAAAAUGGAACCCAGAUUUUCAGACCAACAGAAGAUCCAUCAGACUGUGUGAAAGAAGUGAAAUCAUUAAUGUGGGUGUAUGUACUAGUAGGAAAUAUCGUACGUGGAAUUGGUGAAACUCCCAUCAUGCCUUUGGGUAUUUCCUACAUAGAAGAUUUUGCCAAAUCUGAAAACUCUCCUUUAUAUAUUGGGUUUGUAGAAACAGGAGCUAUCAUUGGUCCUUUGAUUGGACUUUUGUUAGCAUCAUUCUGUGCAAAUGUUUAUGUUGACACUGGAUCUGUGAACACAGAUGAUCUGACCAUAACUCCCACUGAUACUCGUUGGGUUGGUGCAUGGUGGUUUGGCUUUUUGAUUUGUGCAGGAGUGAAUGUGCUUACUGCCAUUCCUUUUUUCUUUCUGCCCAAAACGCUUCCAAAGGAAGGACUAAAGAAUAAUGCAGACAUCAUUAAAAAUGAGAAAGAAGAGAAACAAAGCGAAAAAGUCAAGAAGGAAAAGGAUGGAAUCACUAAAGAUUUUUUACCAUUCAUGAAAAGUCUUUUAUGCAACCCAAUUUAUAUGCUUUUCAUACUAAUUAGCAUUGUACAGUUCAAUGCAUUUGUUAAUAUGUUCACCUUCAUGCCUAAAUAUCUGGAACAGCAAUAUGGAAAAUCAUCUUCAGAUGCAAUCUUUCUAAUUGGUAUUUAUAACUUACCUCCAAUAUGCAUUGGAUAUAUAGCUGGUGGUUUAAUUAUGAAGAAGUUCAAGAUUACUGUCAAACAAGCUGCCCACAUAGGAUGUUGGUUAUCUUUAAUUGAGUAUCUUCUCCAUUUUUUGUGUUUUCUCAUGAUUUGUGAUAAUUCUUCAGUUGCUGGCAUAACCACCACUUAUAAAGGAAUGCAACAAGAUUUAUAUGUGGGAAAUACCAUCCUUGCUGAUUGUAACAGGGAUUGCAACUGUCCAACUAAAACAUGGGACCCUGUGUGUGGAAACAAUGGUGUGUCAUAUAUGUCAGCUUGUCUUGCUGGUUGUGAGACAUCUGUUGGAGCAGGAAUAAAUAUGGUGUUCCAAAAUUGUAGCUGCAUUCAAACAUCAGGAAAUGCAUCUGCAGUUCUUGGACUGUGUGACAAAGGACAUGACUGUUCCAUGAUGCUUCAGUACUUUUUAAUCUUGUCAGCAGUUGGCAGUUUCAUUUAUUCUUUAUCUGCCAUACCUGGAUAUAUGGUUCUCCUAAGGUGCAUCAAGCCUGAAGAGAAGUCUCUUGGUGUGGGGUUACAUACAUUUUGCACAAGAGUAUUUGCUGGAAUUCCUGCACCUAUAUAUUUUGGAGCUUUAGUGGAUUCCACAUGUUUACAUUGGGGAAUUUUGAAAUGUGGUGAGUCAGGGGCAUGCAGGAUAUAUGAUUCUACCAACUUCAGAUACAUCUAUCUUGGUUUGCCAUCAGCUCUAAGAGGAAUAAGCUAUAUUCCAGCCUUUUUAAUCCUAAUUACUUUGAAGAAACGUCGUCUACCUGGUGAAAAUGUCUCUUCAGGAACUGUGCUUAUAGAGGCAAAAGUUGCAGGGAAGGAAAAUGACUGCAAAGAUAUGCACCAAAAUUCCAAAGUCUUGAAUGAUGAUGAACUGAAAACUAAACUGUGAUGCACUAUUAUAUCAUUUUUCCCAGAGUUGGAGAAUUCACUACAACUUAAUUGUUUUUAAAAUCAAUAGGGAUACAGAGGGUAACUUUUUCUUAUCUAUAUGAGCCUCAAGUUUUGGUGUCUUUUGUUGUUGUUGAUGAUGUUGUUGUUUUUGCUCAAGAUAAAAAAAAAUGUUCAAUGAUGGUAUUUCUGAGGCAUCCAUGACACUUGAGAUUUUUCUCAGAGGGGACACUUAUAAUAAUUUUCAAAACAGCAUAUUAGAGCCAGCUUUAUUUUUUAUGUGAAAAUAGCAAUUUCUCUUUAAACUCAUGUGAAAUGAGAGUAUAUUUCCCAUAUCGCCUUUUCCAAAUGAUUCUAAAAAUUUCCUAUUAUAAACAUCUAUUUAAUUCCAUUGAACUUCUGAUUGAUACUGAGGUUAUUUAGAGACUAAAAUUCUUAUCUUGCUUACAUGAAUAUUUAUUUUAUUCAAAUGUAUCACUUUUGUAUGAAAGAAGCCCACACCUUCUAAUUCUAGGAAAUAUUCUUUAACUUUCCCUAUUGCUUUCAGACAUGAUUGUUUUAAAAUCAAUUACUCAUUAAUAAGCCAUCACUUGCUCACAAUUUGUUCCCAGCUUUAUUACUCAAGCCCUAUAUUUGCCCAUUUUGUUCAGAAUACUGAAAAACUAAGUCAGGUUAUUAAAAAUCAUGUAGCAAAGA